AAAAAGCGUAGCCUUCCAGGAAAAGCAGAACAGAAGCGUAAAGCACGAUGAUAAUGUCCUUGCAAGAGCCCGGCACGCGCAAAAGGCCGCUUUCGGAUGCCAGUCCGGCGGAUCUGAAGAAGUACAAGAUGGAGCCAUCCCAGAUCAUCUCCACAGAAAGUCAGCAGGCACUUUUUUCUGACAAGAUGUACGCUACAUAUGUCAAAUCAGCAUUGGAGUCAUUGGAUAAGGACCCAUCCCAGGUGAACAGCUUAACUGAUAAGAUCCGGUUUCCUGUAAGCCACAAAGAGGCCAUUUCGCUCUCCCACUUCAAUAUAGUGUUAAGUAGCCUAAUAGCAAACGUAUCAAGGCUCGACAACAAGUCGUGUCAUAGUCUCAUCUCGGCCAUACUAGACUACCUGUGGCUCGAGCUCCAGUCUUCUGGUGAAGUGCACCAGCGGUUCGUAGAACUCUACUCGCAGUUCUUGGGUGUUCUUGUAUCUUCGUAUCCCAAACAUCUUCCAGAUGUGACUAAUAAGCUCAUGGAUGAGUUUUCCAGGUUCAACCCGGCUGUGGAGUCAAAACUUACGCAUCAUGAUAUCUUGACCAAAAUCGUCAGAUAUAUACCCACUUGCAUUAAUUCGUUGCCGCAGACGCUUCAGAAGAACUUCCCUCACCACCUCUCGCUGACAACGAGUGAGCUCACCAAUUAUGUAGCCAACUUGAUGAAGAUGCGGGAGUACUGCCCAGAGAUCCAGUUCAAUACCUGGCAGUUGAUCGUCGAAUGUUGUAUAAAACUUGACGUAGAGUUGCAGAACGAGUUAGAUGACUUGGAUGACGAUGAGAUUGACGAGUUGAUCAAUGGCGACGAUGUGGAUUACAUGCUUGACUCUGUAAGUUCUACGGAUAACAUCAAAGCAUUGCUGACGAAACUUGAUUCGAUCAUCCAGCUUCUCUUGCAGAGCACUGCUGGUUCGUUUUCCGACGAGGAAUUGAACAACGGGAACGGUGUGGCUCUUUUCAAUACCAUCAAUUCGUUGUUUCGUAGCCACAUCUUGCCUACUCAUUUCACCAAGCUGAUCCAGUUUGUAAUUUUCCACAUCUCGCAGUACCAGCCCGAAUUGGCCGAUUCAUUCUUGGUGCUUCUUAUAGACGUCGCAUUCAACCCCAACGAGAUCUUAGAGAAACGACUUAAGGCAAUGCAGUACUUAUCAUCAUAUAUAGCCAGAGCUAAGAACUUGUCGCGGCACCAGGUGGUCUUCAUCGUUAGCUAUCUCAUAGGCUGGCUCAACAAGUACAUUAUCGAGCGAGAAUGCGAAAUAGCUGACUUCGAGUCUAGAAAUGGAGCGCGUAGCAACGACGGGAAGUCUGCUGGAGGCAUGGAACGAUUCAAGUUGUUUUACGCUGCCUUCCAGGCUUUGUUGUACAUCUUCUGUUUCAGACACCAGAUGCUAUCUUCAAGUGACUCAGAAUGGGAGUGUGAUUUGGACAAGUUCAUCCAAAGAGUGAUCCUUGCCAAAUUUAAUCCGUUGAAGUAUUGCGACGAGACAGUCGUAUACAUCUUUGCAAAGAUCGCAACCAAGUUGAACGUCUGCUACUGCUACUCGAUUAUUGAACACAACAAGCGGGAAAGAAUGCUCCAGACAAAUGGCCAGGCCAUCAUGCCAUCAGCCGUGGGCAACUUCAAGCAGAAGCAAGAGUUCUUGGACUUGGAAGCCUACUUCCCCUUUGAUCCACUUGUGUUGCCCUCUAGUAAGAAAAUUGUUAGCAAGAACUACGUAGAAUGGGCAGAAGUCAACCCGAGUGUGGAUGAUGAUGAUGAAGACGACAGUGGCAGUGGAAGUCACCCAGAAGAAGAAAACAGCGACGAGAGCAGUCUGUCGGAGAGCGAGGAUGAAGAGGACGAUUAAUGACAAGAUUAUACUUCUAUAUAGGUCUAGGUUAAUGAAAUUUGAAGUAU